GUUCUUCAUUUCAUUGGUCCUAGAAUUCAAGACUCUUUGAAUUUUGUUUUAAAUAAUGAUGAACUUUCCUUUCAGCCGUCUUUGAAUCCAGAAUAUGAGAGGGAACCAAACCAGAAUAAGUCUUUAGCUGCAGGUGUGUGGGAGUAUCCUUUGAAUCCUAAAUCUAGAUCUCCAAGAAUGCUGGUUAUUAAAAAGGGCAGUACAAAAGAACUGCAAAUAUCUGGAUUCCCUCUAGUAGGAAGUCUUCAUUCACAGCUAGUAAAAAAUGGAACUGGCACAAGUGUUUAUAAAGGAUUAGUCCCUAAACCUGCCACUCCACCCGCAAAGACUAUGCAGUGGAAAAGCCAAGCAAAAGAAAAUAAAACAGGGAUUUUAUUUCCUCAUGAAUCUGGAUAUGGUAUUGGCAAUUUCAGUCCUUUCAAAUCAAACACCAAGGCAAUUCCUGUAUCACAGAAUUCAGUGAAAGAGUGUAAUGAGUCAAAUUCUUCAUCCUCUGUUGACAAAGUUGGUCAGCCUCGUUUAACAAAGUUGACAAGAAUGCGGACUGAUAAGAAGAGUGAAUUUUUGAAAGCAUUGAAACAGAGAAUGGAAGAACACAAAGAUGAAAAUCAUGCUGAGCAAGAGAAGGAAAAAUAAAAUUUGCUGUAAUGGGACUGUACAACUUAACUGUAUGUGUGUGUUGGGUUUACGUGGCAAGGACUUGGUAUCAGGGAGCUGCAGGGGUGGCCUCUGUGAGAAGAGUCCAGAAGCUGCCCCAUAUUAGAGAAGAGCACGUUCCAGCCAGCUCCAAAAAGGACCCGCCGCUGGCCAGAGCCAAGCCAAUAAACGAUGUUAGUUUAUUGCCUCUAUAAGG